GCGAGCAGAAACGUAUGUAAUCUGUCCGCAACCAAAAGUUGGAGGUGGACCGAAGGAAUCUCAGCCAAAAUAAAUGAAUGGGGUUAAGGUAUGUUCACCGUGAACUUUAUUGUCAGUCUAUUUAUUGUUUCCCCAGUUACGUGUUUUAUGCCACGCGUCUUUACCGAGUUACCGUGGCUACUUAAUGAGUGAAUGUGCGCGUGAGUGAACCAUGCAGGAUAACAGCAGCUUGCAUGCGCUGGGGUCGGCAGGCGAGUGCGGUCUGGCGCUGGAGGGCGGCGGCGGCGGCGGCGGCGGCGGUCGGGCCAAUCGCACGGGCGACCCGCUGGGGAACCUCUCCCUCCGCUGCUGGCUGCACUUCCUGACCCGGGAGUCCAGCUCGGAGCUGUACGCGGACGGCACCAACACGGCGGUGCGCGUGAUCAUCGCCCUGGUGUACUCGGUGGUGUGCGCGCUGGGGCUCGUGGGCAACCUGCUGGCGCUCUACCUGCUGCGCUCGCGCCACCGGCAGAAGCGGAGCUCCAUCAACUGCUUCGUCAUGGGCCUGGCGCUCACCGACCUGCAGUUCGUGCUGACGCUGCCCUUCUGGGCGGUGGACACGGCGCUGGACUUCCGCUGGCCCUUCGGCCGCGUCAUGUGCAAGAUCGUCAGCACCGUCACCGCCAUGAACAUGUACGCCAGCGUCUUCUUCCUCACCGCCAUGAGCGUGGCGCGCUACAACUCCGUCGCCAACUCGCUGAAGAUGCGCAGCCGCGAGGCGGCCGCCGCCUGCGCCAAGUGGACCAGCCUGGCCAUCUGGGCGACGUCGCUGGCGGCGACGCUGCCGCACGCCGUCUACUCCACCAGCGUGCAGGUGUCGGACGAGGAGCUGUGCCUGGUGCGCUUCCCGGACUCGGCCCGCUGGGACCCGCAGCUGCUGCUGGGCCUGUACCAGACGCAGAAGGUGCUGCUGGGCUUCGUGGCGCCGCUGGCCGUCAUCUCCGUCUGCUACCUGCUGCUGCUGCGCUACGUCCUGAGCCGGCGGGUGAGCGGGGCGGCGGGCGGCGAGGCCGAGCAGGGCCGGCACAAGCGCCGCUCCCGCGUCACCCGGUCGGUGGUCAUCGUGGUGCUCUCCUUCUUCCUGUGCUGGCUGCCCAACCAGGCGCUCACGCUGUGGGGCGUGCUGAUCAAGUUCGACCUGGUGCCGUUCAGCAACGCCUUCUACGUGGCGCAGGCCUACGCCUUCCCGCUGUCCGUCUGCCUGGCGCACACCAACAGCUGCCUCAACCCCGUGCUCUACUGCCUGGUGCGGCAGGAGUUCCGCACGGGCCUGAAGGAGCUGCUGCUGCGGGCCACGCCCUCCUUCCGCCGCCUGGCCCGCCUGGCGCCCCGCAAGGCCAAGGUCGCCGAGGCCCCCCCGGUGCUGGUGCUGGUGCAGAUGGACGUCGGAGUCUGACUGGCCGGUCGUUUCAUCGCGUCUGACAGGCAGGCGGAGACCAGAGUGCGUCUCCUAACCCUAAUGUUCUCUGAACAUUGCGCUUUGAUUGAUCUAACUGUACUGACAGAGGCGAUAACCAUUGGGACCUGACCUAGUUUUCGGUCCCCCCCCCCCCCCCCCUUCCGUCCCCUUCUUCACAAGUUGUACUGCGGCUUCUCCUUCUGUAAUCUUCUUACCUCCCCUUUGCUUCUGUUAUUAAUUUGAAACUGAUUCAUAUGUAUGAAGUUUGAAGAAAUGCUUCUAGUUUCCAGCCUUGUCUAGGUAUCAGCCAUUCCUUUUGUAGACCUUGCAGACAGUAAUGUCAUAAUUAAUUCCAAAAAUAUUGUUCAAGGAAUGCGAACGACCAAAUUGUUCCAGACUGCUCUGCAUUUAUGAGGACACCUAUUAAAAUUUAAAUUAAGAGCACACGUUAUUUAACCCCUCCCCAGUCGUCUGGCUGUCAUCACGUCUGGCUGCAUUCCCGUUUUAUUAACACAAGGCAAUAUUCAUGCACGGUCGUCAGACCGAAGGGUUGAUCUUCCAUUACACACUGCCUCGCUAGUUUGCCUAUUACAGCUACGACAUAGCAACUGAUAAUUCCAUGUGUUCAGUUCGUUUAGCGACAUGACAUUUCACAGUAAAGCAUUCUGCGGAAACACGGGGAAAUAAUCAGAAUCGCAUAAAGAAUGUGAGUUUUUAAAUUUUAUUUUGGCGCGUGUCUGGUGUCGUUGAUACAAAAAUAAAUGAUCUGUGAUUCAUUUUUAUCAUUCAACACGUGGCGACGCUGACGUGCGCAAUUACGCACGGGGAGAAACAAGGCGGGCGUUCCCAGUUGUGCUUAAUUAAUAAUAAAUGUAAGUUCUCGCAGUUUAGUGUGCAAAUGUAACUUUGAACCUGCUGUUUUUCUAGGCGUUACGUGUUCAUCUGAUGUAACCAAGCAUACACAAUUAUGCAUUAUCACGCGUCACUGUAUACAAUACACACAAUUCUCUGUCAUUGUGACGGGAAUUAUAAACUUUCAUUCAAUCAAUACCGACCGGUAUCUGUGAAAUAAUGCUUCGUCUACUUGAAUAGUGUCGUGUGAAUUGAAUAGUAACAUUAAUAUUAAUUUUUUUGCACAGAAGAGGGAUGUAGCUUUUUGUAUUACCCAAAUUACUGGGAUGAGUGAAAUGUAUAAUUUUUAUGAAUUGCACCCUCACAUGAGAGUGAUGUGGCUUGUUGUGUUACCCAAAUUACUGGGUUAA